AUGGGUCCUGCAAACAAUUCCAAGGAUGAUGAGAGAGCCUCUUCUGCUGCGAGGACAGAUGAACAAAGACAGGAAAGGAACAGCAAGGGUCGUGAGUCAUAUAAGAGGAAUAAGGGUUAUGCAAACAAAAAAGAAAACGAACGAGAUGGGAAUGCUAAUGAUUCUGAUGCCGGUAUUAAUUCUAAGUCAACUCAAGAUCACACUGGUGAUAGGAUAUUGAGUGACUUGAAGUCAAAUGAACAAAGAGAGGAAAGGAACAGGAAGCGGCGGGAAGCUUAUCGAAUGAAGAAAGAUGAAAGUCAAACCAAAAACAACAAGGAAAAUGCACCAGAUGUGAAUACUAAUGCUUCAGAUGCGGGUAUUAUUUCUAAUUUAUCACAAGAUCACGCUGGUAUGAGUUGGCAUCUCAUUCGUCCACUUACAAUUUUUAUCUUUCCAAGUUUUAUUAUACAGUUUUUGAAUGCACUUGACGGAUAUUGACUGAACUGAAGUCAGAAGAUAAAAGGGAAGAAAGAAACAGGAAGCGGCGCCAAGCUUAUCGGAUGAAGAAAGACGAAAGUCAAACCAAAACAAAUUCUGCAGUUUUGUGCUCAGAUGGGCCAAUAAUUCAGCUACUGUUUUCUGCAUAAACAAAGUUCAGCAUUGCUGUUGUGCGGUUAAAAAGUACACGUAUCUUUGAUGAUGUCGCAGCUGAGCGUCAUGUACAGUAGAACCCGUAGCUGGCACUUCUACAACGCGCGAGGAUCCCAUCGGAAUUGGUAGCUUUCCU